GUUCAAAUCCGACUCAUUAUGCCACCCGUAACGCCGCUACAAGAAGUGCUGGGAACCGUUUUUGGCGGACGGAUCAGAUCGAAGUUGAUGGGUCGGGUUUGGCGAUUCUUCUACCAUCAUUCCUAGCCCUAGUCGUCCGGAAGCCAGGCUGCCCCAAAAUACGAACAAAAUCGUCCCUGCUAGAAACGAACAUCAAAAGCACAGAGAGAGAAAGGGACUCGGAGAUCACAGAAUAAGAGGAGCAAGAGGAAGAGAAAAGAGGUUGAUCAAUGGCUGAAAGCAACGAAAUUCCCCAGCAGUACGACCUCAAUGCGAAAUGGGACGCCUGUCUCGAUCUGACGGUCCGUCGAUUCGUUUAUUCUUCCUUCGCCGGAGCUUUUGGGGGCCUCUUUUUCUUCAGGAGUCCUGUGACACGUUGGGCUUCUGUAGCUUUUGGUGCUGGAUUGGGUAUUGGAUCUGCAUAUACUGAGUGUUCUCAAAGGUUUGAUGGAUUUCCUUCAAAGAUGACAUCACCUAAGAUUUCAGGGUCUCCUGCUCAGGACUGAAAUUUGAAGAAAUUCAAAUAACCCUUGCUUCAGUGGGGGUUUUUUCCGCAAGUGGAUAUUGUUGUCCUUCUGCCCCUGCGAUGGCUUUUGUCCGUUGGGUACCAAAAUUGUUUUGGAUGCUUACACAUUCAGCUUGAUGUACUUCGAAUUUGUCAUGAGUUCUACUGCAUUUUGCUUUGUAAUUCUAUUACCAAUUGAAGCUUAAUAGGAAAGAAAGGAGGGAGCCCCAAAAAAAAAAAAAAGGAAUAAUUGCUUUUA